CCCUGUACUAUGGUUUUUGGUUCAAAAAAGCCCCUUAACUUUGUUUUGGAUCAAAAAAGCCCUCAUACUUACAAGAAACGAAAACGUUAACCCUUCUGUUAACAUCCCGUUAAAAUCUGCUUAUUUGGCAUUUAAUUUAUUUUUUCUUUAUUUUUCAACUAAUGACGUGGCAUACAUGUGGCAUUAAAAAAAAAAAUUACAAAUGACGGGUCACUAUGAGUAUAGUAUACCAUAUUCUCGGCUUCAAAGAAAACCUAAGACAGAAAGACGAAAAAAUCAAAUUUGCAAUUGAAGAGCUAUCUCUGAAGAACAACCGUAUGCGACUGGAUCUGGAUCUGGAACAUAGAUUCUGUACAAGUGAACAAAAUGGUGAAGACUAGAGCUAAUCGACAUCGUCUAACCCAAAUUGAGGACUAUACCAGUUCUGAUAAUGAGGUUAGUAGUGAAGACAUAGAAGAAGAGUUUCUGCCAGAGGACUCAUCAUCUGAAGAUGAUGAAGAAGUUAUUGCUGCACGAGAAAAAAUUAAGGUGUAUAGGAGGGGUUGGAGAGGUGUUGCUUUGCUGAAUGAUAGUGACAAUGAACAAGAUGCUGGUGACAAUCAGGGAGAAACUUUAGGUAGGAAUGAUGAAGAUUCUGGUGCCAAUGAGGGAGUUGUUGGAGGUGAAAAUGAUGAUGUUGAAGGUGAUGAGUCUGAUAGGGAACAGAGUUCAUACAUUGAUUCAUCUGAUCCUGGCAGCUACAUUGAUAGCACAAAUGAGGACCCUGAAGUGAGGGAUGAUGCUGUUAGGAGAAAAAGCAGAUUUCCUUUAUUCAAAAAGCAAAAAGGUAUACCUAUAUUUGAGUUGAGUAUGUUGUUUGAUAGUAAUGAUGAAUUUAAAGAUGCUGUUAACAGUUAUGCAAUACUGACUAGGCAUGAUAUAAGGUUCACCAAGAAUGAGCCUAAUAGGUGUAGAGCUAAAUGUAAGGGAUCUUCUGACUGUCCAUGGAUAAUAUUUGCCUCGUACAAUAGAGAUAUUGGUAGUUUUCAGGUGAAAACAUACAUCAAUGACCACAGUUGUGAACAAAAAAGGGGGUUAAAGAGAUUAACAUCCAAGUUUUUGUACAAUAAAUUCUAUGGAUUCAUUACUGCCCAUUUUGAUAUCAAGUUAAGGUAUCUAAAGGCCUUUGUAGAACAAAGUUUAUCAUUAGAUGUGAAAAUGCAACAAUGUAAAAGGUUGAAGAAGAGUGUGUUAGCUGACAUGGCAGGAGAUUGUAUCAAAGAAUAUGCAAAGCUUAGGGAUUAUGCUGAAGAGCUAAUUGUGUCUAACCCUGGUACUACUGUUGAUAUAUUGACUGAUAGGCAGAAUGAGGGGGAUCCUGCUUUAUUCAAAGCUUUUUAUUGUUGUUUUAAAAGUUGCAAACAGGGUAUUCUAAAUGGUUGUAGACCAGUAUUGGGGGUGGAUGGUUGUUUUCUGAAGGGGCUUGUAAAAGGUGAGCUUCUAACAACAAUUGGUCGUGAUGGAAAUAACCAAAUGUUCCCUGUGGCAUGGGCUGUGGUUCUUGUUGAGAACACAGAUACUUGGACAUGGUUCUUGAACCUUUUGAGGCAUGACUUGGGCACUGCUGAAGGAGAAGGUUGGACAAUAAUUAGUGACCGACAAAAGGGGUUGGUAUCUGCAGUUGCUGACACAUGGUCUAAGGCAGAGCACAGAUUCUGUUGUAGACACCUUUAUGCCAAUUGGUGCAAGACACACCCUGGAAGGCAUUUGAAGAAAUUAUUCUGGACACUUGCAAAAUCUACAAACAAGGUUGAGUUUGAGGAGAGGUACAAACAGAUUGAGAAAGUUAAUCCAGUUGCUGCUAAAGAUUUGAAGCUGGUUGAUCCAAAAUACUGGUGCAAGGCAUUCUUCAGUCCUUUGCCUAGGUGUGACAAUUGUGACAACAAUCUGUGUGAGGCAUUUAAUGGCACAAUAUUGGAAGCAAGGACUAAAUCAAUCAUAUCUAUGCUUGAAGACAUUAGAAGGGGGGUUAUGAGAAGAAUUAGAGACAAGAGAGUAGGGGUGUCUUCAUGGAAACAUGAUUAUGGUCCACUGAUUCAUAAAAAGUUGCAGGAAAAUGUGAAGGAGAGUCAUAUUUGGGUGGCUGAGUGGAAUGGAGGUGGAAGUUAUGAGGUUAAAUGUGGGAGGAGGCAGUUUGUUGUGAGAUUGAGGGAUGGUGUGUGCACAUGUGGGGCAUGGGAACUAUCUGGCAUCCCAUAUGCUCAUGCCAUACGUGCCAUACAUGAUAGUGGUGAGAAGCCUGAAGAUUACUUAAAUCUAUGGUAUAAGACAACAACAUAUCUGAGGGCAUAUCAACUUCCAAUGGAGCCAAUCCGAGGUGAAAAUAUGUGGCCUAAGAGUGUACAAGACCAAGUGCUUCCUCCAAAAUUAAGAAAGAUGCCAGGGAGACCAAAGAAGAAGAGGAGAAAGGAAUCACAUGAAAUUGUCCUUAAAACAAAGUUGACAAGAGAAGGGAGGAUUAUGACUUGUCAUGUGUGUAAAGGGAAAGGUCACAAUGCUCGGAACAAAGAAUGUCCAGGCAAGAGGGGAUCCAGUACCCAAGGCAUUAGUGGGGUUACUAUCAGUGGCAUAAGGAGUGAUAGGACUGGAAAUUCUCAAGCAUCCCAAAAUACCAUUGUCACAAUUCAAGGAGGUCAGGACCAGUCCAGCAAUCCCAUGUCAUUAGCUGCCACAUCCACAUAUGUUAGCCCUUUUCACAAAGAUUGUAGACCUAAGAGCAAGCCAAGAAAGAGGACAAUGCUAACCGGAAUUGGGCUAUACAUCAAUCCUGAUACGGGUCGUUCGAUACUGAAUCCUGGAACAAGCAUGGCAAGGGUUAUUGACCGUGGCAGUCAAAACAACAAAAAGAAGACCAACACAUCAAGAGAUGCGGGAUCAAUGGGAUUGAAUUAGCAUUGGAUUGGAUUCUGCAUGCUACAAUAUGGGAUGAAUUAGUAUUGGAUCCUAUUUGUGUUUGUUUUGUUGAAUCAGACAAUGUUUAAGUAUGUUAAUGUUGUAAUAGACCUAUCUAUCUUUAUGUUGGAUUUGUUUAUGUUGUAAUAGACAUAUUUGUUUUUGUAUUGGA